GGCUGAUGGGAUUGGGGCUCGCCCGGUAGGCAAGCUGCUCUGUGGAGGCUGGGGCGGGCCCUUGUCUGGGUUUCAGUCACCGCUGCAGGGUUCCCCGCCCUCUCAGGAGCAGAUGUCCCGCCCAGGGCACGGCCCUGACCCUCGCGGGGACACGGUGGCUAAGUGGGCUAGCGCCGCUCUGAGCCUCUGCCAGCGGCCUAGCUGAAGGCCCGCCGCCAUGUUCCGGGUACUGGUGGUGGGCGCCGGGCUAACCGGAAGUUUGUGUGCCGCGCUGCUGAGGAAGGAGAUAACCGCUCCCCUGUACCUCGCCCUGUGGGACAAGGCUGGGGACAUAGGGGGAAGAAUGACUACUGCCAACAGUCCUCAUAAUCCCCGAUGCACCGCUGACUUGGGAGCUCAGUACAUCACCUGUACUCCUCAUUAUGCCAAAAAGCACCAAAAUUUUUAUGAGGAGCUUUUAGCUCAUGGAAUUUUGGAGCCUCUGACAUCUCCCAUUGAAGGAAUGAAAGUGAAGGAAGGAGAAAGCAACUUUGUGGCACCUCACGGAGUUUCUUCCAUUAUCAAGUACUACUUGAAAGAAUCAGUAUUGUUGCAGUGAGCACUAAUGACAGGAGAUUGAGAGACAGGUGAAUGUCAGUUGCCAUCCAGCAGUGUGCCACAGAGAAUGACCAGUGAUGCGACCAGUUAUGCUUAUCUGCUUGAUGGAAUUCUAUUUUCGAUAAGAUCAGCUUGACUUGUGUUUUUUGGUAGUGUAGCCUGCUGCCUUAAAUCUUUAAAUUUGACCUUAAAGUUUAUGUCCCUUUAAAUAAACUGUCUUAAAUAAAUGUUAUGUCUUGAAACACAAAAAGAAAAAGGAAUUAAACUCUCGUUCAGCCUUUCCUUCCUCCAAAUAAACUUGGUUUCAGUUUAGAGUGUGUGCUCUUUUGCAGAUGAUUGUUUUCUUAUGUAUGAAAAUAAAUCUCUGUGACUAUUUACUAUUAA